AUGAUAGAAAACAUUAUCAGCCUACUUCGGAUAAUUUUUAUUAUAUAUUGUAAAGCAUAUUGGACAUUGCAUCCACAUAGAUGUGUCAACUUUUGGGCAGAUGAUGCCGAACUAAAUCAACUUCGUCUUGAAGGCUAUCGCUACGUCCGCUUAUUUCUUCGAGAUAAUGAUAUAUACUUCAUUCCGCGAAAUGUCGUCCAUCAGUUUAAAACUGUUGCGGCAGUCUCUAGUAUUGCAUGGCAUGUACGCCUUAACAGCUAUUAUGAUGGUUACGACAAUAUGGGCUCAGUUAACGAGCUCUCCAAACGAAGGAACAGACGGAAAUCAAAUACUUCUUUGAAUGGCAAUCUCUCCGAAGAUAAAAAUCAAGAAUUAAUUAAUCCAGAAAGUCCUGACAUUUCGGAUGAGCGAACUAAAUCCCCGCCGGACGAAGAUACUUCAUCGGAAGCUGUUGAGUUGUCAGAUAUAACUGCGGAGCUUGGCACCUAA